AUGUCCCAGGAACCCGCUCCCGGUCUUGUACUAUUGACCGAACUGGCCACUAUCAUACGAACUAUCGCAGCGAAUUUGCGAGAGAAUAGACUCGACAGGAAAGCAUUUCAGGAGCUUCUAUACGAAUACGCUUCUCGAGCUGGUUCAGAUGGUCAACUCAUCUAUGCUUCACGACAAAACUCUCGGUCUAUCAAUCCUGGCUUGUUCCUUGCCUACACCCAUAUAGAGCUGAUAUCCUGGCUCGUAACGCACAACUACACCACGGAGUCAACGUCAGUGAAGUGGUAUAGCUGGAAGAAGAUCUUUCCAAAAUACCAACUUCCGCUUCUCUCGAUGCCAUCACAGACGGCAAGUUUGCGCGAAGAUUUGCGGAAUAUUGAGGAGAAAGCAGGAAUGGUGUAUGCUGUUCUUCAAGCCAAUGAUGUUUCGAUUCCACCUACAGCUGUUGCGUAUCGGGCAGUCCAACCCAGUUUGCCGAAUGACCCUCUGCCAGAAGCAUUCGAAGAUCUCCUUCGCCGAGGCUCCCAUCUUCAACAACAACUGAGCCCACCACGAGAUCAGUGA